UUUUGCGCAUUAAAUAAAUAAAAAAUAAUUCUCAUUUUAAUUUUUUAUCUAUGUAAAUUAAUUUUUUUAUUAUCCAUUUUAAAUAAAGUUACGCGAGAAGCUUUAAACGACAGUUACCGCUAAUAAAAACCAUAACGCGUACUGUAUAAAGAUAUUGUUGUACACUGCACUGCCUGCACUCAACAGUAGUAAUAACGGAUAUAAAUUGUUAACGUAAACAAAUUACGGGAAACAAGUUCCGGUUGCAAAGGUUAAAGAAACGUGAAAAUAUUGUUGUAAAUAUAGCAUCAAAAGAGCGAGAGAGAGAGAGAGCAAAAGCAAUAAUAAAAGCAUAAUAAAUAGCAAAAUCCAACAGAAUGGAUGAAGAACGCGACGACGAAAAAAUAUGAAAUUAAAUGGGGCUUUAGAGCCCCACCAAGGAGCCUCCGUUCAAAGAAGCUCCACCGGUGUUGUUGCAAUAGCUAGUAAAUAUCGCGAGCAGCGAUAUCCUUAUCAAAAUGUUGAUGUUGUCAAAGAUGUCAAUUUUACGAGAAAUGCGGUUGGUGUUGAUAAAAUGCAACAACAACAACAGCAACAACAGCAUCAAAGUUGUGCAUCUUACGUAAAAAUUAUUUCCAAAAAGUUGGAAUCAUCAAAAGCAACUUGUAGUGGCAGUAACGAUAAAAGCAACAACAACAACAACAACAAUAAGAAGAAGAAGAAGAAUAACAACAACACUAACAACAACGAGGAGAACAACAGCAACGUAAAUAGGUUUACAAAUAUCGAUUACAAUAGUCACGGGAAUAGAGGAAGAAGAACACAUCAAAAGCAAAUAAAACAACAACAAAUACGAAGAGAAGAGCAGCAAACUUUAAUAGACGUCAAUAUUGAAACGCGUCUACUACACCAGAGCUUAGUAAAAGUUGUAACAUUAGAAGCGUCAAGCAGGUAUUCGCCAUCGCUACAAACUGCUGCUGCUAAGAGAGUCGUUAUUGGGAACAAUUUAGUUCGAAAUCCUGACAGCAGCCAGUUGUCGAUGUUUUUAUGGCAAACAAUCAUUAUUUUGUGGCCGUUCUUAUCGACUUUUGACGUCAGCGCUAAAGUAAUCAAAGUCAUGCGCGCUUCACGCGGAUUUAAUUGCCUUCGUUCGGGAAACAUUUGGCCGAAAAGCGAUAAAAUGUUGACUUUAUGUUUGCUGUACGCAGCAGCUUUCACCCUGCCGCAGUUAGCGGUCGCCAACGAUGACGAUCAUUUCUUUGGCGUGAACAGCUUUAGUAUGGCACCGGAAGCAACGACCACAGAGUUCGACUAUGCCAGCAGAGGGCAAAAAAAAUUUGGUGAUAAAUGUGAAAACACCUUAGAAUGCGGUUUUCCUGGCUCCAUCUGCGACCCGAAGAAAAAAUCUUGUCAAUGUACCGAAGACUUGCCGGUCACCAAUCACAUUGACAAAUGUGGCAAAGAGGCAGCUGUUAACGAAAGCUGUUUCUUUAACGAACAAUGCGAGGCAAAAUACUUUCAAACUGAAUGCCGCGAUGGACGAUGUGUGUGUCGUUUUGAAAUGACACCAUUUUGGUUAAAAGACGGCUCCGUUGAAUGUAAAGGUCGUCAGGACAAGAAGACUCCCGAAGUGUACGUUGACUGGGCGAUGAUUGGUGUACUUAUAGGCAUGGCCUUAAUGUUUAUCAUUAUAUGCGUUGUACUGCGAUUAUUCAGUCAAGCCAGAUGGCAUGAAAAUCGUACAAUAUUUAAUACACCGAAUCCACGUCUGAUGAACGUGUCGUUAUUACGCGAAAGCAAACUAUUACACGGUCAAGAGCGACGCGGCUCUCGAAUGUCGGUGAGGGGACCUUCACGUCAACCCAGUAUGGCUUCGUUGCGUCCUCACUCACCGAACCCGUCGUUAGGUAAGACAGGUUCAAGGUCGAAUAGUAAUAGCAAUGCUUCGGCUACAUCGCUGCGUUCGAAUCGCAGCAAUUCUGUAGCUCCUGGCAUAGUUGUUAAUAAUAGUCAUCACGAGCGAAAAGGCUCAACAUACCAGCCACACCAUCAUACACAUCAUCAUCAUCCACAACAACAACAACAACAACAACAGCAGCAGCAGCAGGAACAAUCGACAACGCCACAUACACAUCAACAGCAAGAACCUUUAAUUACUAACAUCAUUUCAAAUCCGGUAGCGGAAAGCGUGACAGUAGAAAUUAUCGAACCGAAAAAAUAAGUGCACACACGUAGACACAUACACACAAGAACAACUACAACAACAACAACAAUAAUGAUAAUGAUAAUGAUAAUAUGACAAGACACACAUACGUACUAACACCUAUGUGUUAAUAAUACAAAUAAGCUUAGAAAUGAUAAUAAUAAUAAUAAUAAUAAUAAUAAUUAGAAAAGAAGAAGAAAAUCCUUGAUUUAGGAUUUUAAUCUAUAAACAAUUUUCACUUAGUACGUAUGAUGGAUAUGAUGCUUUAAAAACAUACAUACAUACAAGUUAUUAGAAAAAAUAAUUUGAGUUGUUAUCUUUCAUUUUUAUUCAUUUUUUUAAGUAAAAAAAUGCACCUACAUACUUAUUAUAUACUUGCUUUAAAAAAAAACUUAAAAAAAAAAAAAAACCAAAUAUAUUAAAAUAUU